AUGGAUGAGCUGGUAGGAGUGGGAGUGACCUCAGUUACCAACCAGACUGAUGAUAUCAAUCAAUGUGAUCAGACAGACACAAAGGCUCAUCUCUUCUUCAUGCCGGUCUACAGUCUGGUGUUUGUAGUGGGUUUGGUCCUCAACAGUCUCACCCUGAAGGGUUACUUCUGCUCAGCUCAGCAGCAGGUGUCCAGCAUCAUGAUGGUCUACCUGAGAAACCUGGCAGUCUCUGACUUCCUGCUCUGCCUCUGCCUUCCCCUCCGCAUCAUCAAGUACAUCAGCAGCUCCGUCACCUUCCAACUGGUUUACUGCAACUUUGCCGUCUUUGGAUUGUACCUCAACAUGUACGCCAGCAUCCUGUUCAUGGGUUACAUCGCUGCUAACAGGUAUCUGAAGAUCAUCUAUCCUUUAGGAAAUCACUUCCUGCGGACAGUUCAGGCUGCCCGCAUCAUCUCCACGGUAACCUGGGUGUUCGUGCUGGCCCCAGUGAUCUUGUACGUCACCCUGUCACUCCUCACACAGGAAGCUCCGACUGUUGUCCCUGACAGGUAUGAAAGCUUUCACAGCUCCCAGGUCCAUGUAUUCUACAAAAUCAUCCACAUCUCCUCCUGCAUCACCUUCCUGGUUGCCCUGGUCUCUCUGAUCUUCUUCUACUACAGCGCCUCCCGCAGUGUGUUGCAGGCACAGCAGAGACAGCUGGCAUCCUCCAGCUGCAAGAAGCUCAGGAGGUCACGCAGGAAAAUGUUGGUGCUGGUCAGCGUCUUCUGUGUUUGUUUUGUGCCUUGCCACCUGGUUCGCCUUCCCUACAUCUUCCUACACAGGCAGUGCUCUUUGAGCAAAGUGUUUUACUACCUGAAGGAGCUGACCGUCCUGCUGUCAGUUCUUAAUGUCUGCCUGGAUCCGGUCGUCUACUUCUUCUUCUCUAAGGCGUUCCGGUCCCAGUUGAGCCAUGCGCAUGAUAAGGAGUACCACGUCUACAUCUUGUACGCCAGGAACAGUGAGGAGGAACAGUUCGUUCUGUCGACUCUUCGCAGAGUUCUGGAGAACGAGCUCGGAUACUCAGUGUGUAUCUUUGAUAGAGACAGUCUGCCUGGAGGGAAUGAUAAGGAGUACGACGUCUACAUCUCGUACGCCAGGAACAGUGAGGAGGAACAGUUCGUUCUGUCGACUCUUUGCAGAGUUCUGGAGAACGAGCUCGGAUACUCAGUGGGUUUGGUCCUCAACGGCUUCACCCUGAAGGUUUACUUCUGCCACAUCACCCUGUGGCACCUCACCAAGCCAGAAUUGACCUUUGUCCCUGACAAAUGUGACACCUUGGAAAGCCCCCAGGUCAUUGUAUUCUACAAAAUCAUCCACAUCUGCUCCACUGCCAUCUUCCUGUUUGUCCUUGUCUGCAUGAUCUUCUUCUACUACAGCGCCUCCCGCAGUGUGUUUCAGGCACAGCAGAGCGUGGGAUCCUCCAGCUGCCAGAAGCUCAUGAAGUCAAACAGGAAUGUUGGUGCUGCCUCCAUCCAGUUCACUGAGUCACAUCUGAGUGUGACCACAGUGUGGUGGAGUUCAGUAACCUCCACAAACAUGGAUGAGCUGGUAGGAGUGGGAGUGACCUCAGUUACCAACCAGACCGCUGAUCAAUGUGAUCAGAGAGAUACAAAGGCUCACCUCUUCUUCAUGGUGGUCUACACUCUGGUGUGGGUUUGGUCCUAA